AUGGUUGACCAAGUUCUUUGCACUUGUAUUUGGUGCCUACAAAAAUCUAAUGGUCAAGGAAAAAUAGUUAGUCAAGCAACUCGUGUAAGACAUAAAAAAAAUCAAAAUAAAACUUGGUCUAAUCUGAAAAAUAUACCAGUACAACAAAGAUAUCUAGAUACAUCUAUUCCUGCUGCUAAUAUCAUAUCUACUUCUCCGCUACCAUUAUCUGAUAAUAUUUCAAUGCUAUCUCAAAUAAAUAUAAAUGAAGAAUAUCAGAAUCAUGAUAUUGAAAUGAUAUCUGAUGAACUAUCUAAUGAAGAUCAAAUUAAAAUCUUAGAGAAUGAAAUUGAUAAAAUUGCGAUAUUAGAAGAUGAAAAGGAUAAAGAAGAUGAAAUUGAAAUAUCAGAGGAGGAAGAUGAAGAAAAUGAAGAAAAUGAAGAGGAUAAUGAGGAAGAAUAUAAUAGGGAAUAUAAUGAAAAUAUUUCUGAAGAUUUAAUCAAAGGUUUACGACUUCUUAAAAUUAAGGAGGAACAUAAUAUCUCAGAAGUUGCAUUUGAUAAAAUUCUUAAAGUUCUUGAAAUUUCUAGAAUAUCACUUUAUAAACUUCGUAAACUUCUUAAAAAUAUAAUCCCAUUAAAACCAAUUCUUGUAGAUUGCUGCAUCAAUUCAUGUACUGCAUUUACAGAUGAACUUAUUAAUAAAAAUACCUGUCCAUAUUAUGUUAUAGCUAUAGAACUUGUAAAUAAAUUAUUACGCAAACGUGAAAUACAAAAAGAGUUUUCAACUUCAUUCCCUGUUGAUAUUAUGCAUGGAUUGUUUGAAAAUAUUGCACCAGCAAUGCUUCGGCACUGGACUAGUACUUUCUUCAAAGAGAAUCAAGAAAAUAAUUAUGAUUAUAUUCUCUCUAGUAAAAUUUGGACAGAAAUUGGAAAUAUAAUGGAGAAAAAUAAAAAGAAUAAGCCACUGGAUUUUGGGCGUCCACCUAUUAAUAUUCAACGAUAUUCAGCUUCAUUCAAAGCAGAAGAUUGGUCAAAUUGGGUGAUUUUAUACUCACUCCCAUUAUUACAAGAUUAUCUUUCAGAAAUAUAUAUAAAUGGAUGGGCCAAAUUUGUGUAUGCUGUAAAGCUUUGUCUCAAGAAAACUAUUACUAUAACAGAGCUAACAGAAAUUAACAAACUUUUUUGUGAAUUUGUUACACAUUAUGAUAGGUUAAAUAAUUCCAGUCAGAUUCCAGCAGUACUUAUUUCUUAUCAUUAUUGGUUGCAUAUUACUACUUCAAUUCGUAAUACUAGACCUGCAUAA